AUCUCCCAUUUCUCUCUCCCUUCCAUAUCUCUCGCUCUCCAUAUCUCCCACUACCUUCCAUAUCUCUCCCUCUCCAUAUCUCCCUCUCCAUAUCUCCCUCUCCCUUCCAUAUCUCUCCCUCUGCCUUCCAUAUCUCUCCCUCUCCCUUCCAUAUCUCUCCAUCUCCCUUCCAUAUCUCUCCCUCUCCCUCACCAUAUCUCUCCCUCUCCCUUCCAUAUCUCUCCCUCUCCAUUCCAUAUCUCUCCCUCUCCAUUCCAUAUCUCUCCCUCUCCCUUCCAUCUCUCCCUCUCCCUUCCAUAUCUCUCCAUCUCCCUUCCAUAUCUCUCCUUCUCCCUUCUAUAUCUCUCCCUUUCCCUUCGUACUUCUACACAUGUCCUUCCCUCCCUACAGGUUAUGAACACUGAACUAAAGAAAUGAGACGUUAUGGCCUGUCUACCUACAGGCUAUGAACACUGAACUAAAGAAAAGAGACGUUACGGCCCGUCUACCUACAGGCUAUGAACACUGAACAAAAGGAACAAGACGUUAUGGCCCGUCUACCUACAGGCUAUGAACACUGAACUAAAGAAAUGAGACGUUAUGGCCCGUCUACCUACAGGCUAUGAACACUGAACUAAAGAAACGAGACGUUAUGGCCCGUCUACCUACAGGCUAUGAACACUGAACUAAAGAAACAAGAUGUUAUGGCCCGUCUACCUACAGGCUAUGAACACUGAACUAAAGAAACGAGACGUUAUGGCCCGUCUACCUACAGGCUAUGAACACUGAACUAAAGAAACGAGACGUUAUGGCCCGUCUACCUUCAGGCUAUGAACACUGAACUAAAGAAACGAGAUGUUACGGCCCGUCUACCUACAGGCUAUGAACACUGAACUAAAGAAACGAGAUGUUACGGCCCGUCUACCUACAGGCUAUGAACACUGAACUAAAGAAACGAGACGUUACGGCCCGUCUACCUACAGGCUAUGAACACUGAACUAAAGAAACAAGACGUUACGGCCCGUCUACCUACAGGCUAUGAACACUGAACUAAAGAAACAAGACGUUACGGCCCGUCUACCUACAGGCUAUGAACACUGAACUAAAGAAACGAGAUGUUACGGCCCGUCUACCUACAGGCUAUGAACACUGAACUAAAGAAACGAGAUGAUCGAUGGUACUAGUAGUUUCCCCUCUGAUUUCAAUAAUCAAAGAUCAGGUUCGUGUUCUGAACUCUCAACUCGCUGCCGCAUACCGGAUCAAAGUGAGAUGGAGGAACUCCUGAAACUUGUCUUGGCUCAGAGAAAUGCUGAUGCCUACUUCAAACUUCACUGUUCCGCGAGCAUCACAUUGGAACAUGGUUCAGUGGCAGCCAAACCUCAGACGAGCCAGGUGAUGUAGAUCCAUCAUGGCGUCCCGGGAUCCGAGGUGAUGCAGUUGCGUUAUGACGCAGGUGAAAACCUGCCGCUGUGGGACGCGCUGGGCGGACGGCUGAGCUGUGGUUGGUCGGUUGGGGCAGCAGCUCGUUGCUACGAACAAGCUGUAGCAACGCAGUAGUAUCGACCGGACAGGUUCAGAACAGCACGAUUCUUCAAAACUAGAGCGUUGAUGGCGGUGAAUGUAUUCUCCAUCUCUUCGGCUCUGGAGAACCUGAGUCGUCAUGAGAUGCUGUCCUGGGUCAACGACUCUCUACGGCUCACCUACACCAAGGUAGAACAACUGUGUUCAGGUGCAGCGUAUUGUCAGUUCAUGGACAUGUUGUUCCCUGGCUGUGUCCUGCUGAAGAAGGUGAAGUUCUCAGCAAUGCUGGAACAUGAGUUCAUCAAAAACUUCAAGGUCCUACAGGCCUCCUUCAAGAGAAUGGGUGUAGACAAGAUCAUCCCAGUAGAGAGGCUGGUGAAGGGGAGGUUUCAGGAUAACUUUGAGUUCAUCCAGUGGUUUAAGAAGUUUUUUGAUGCCAACUACGAUGGGAAGGAGUAUGACCCUGUGGCCACACGCCAGGGGCAGGAGGGCGCCCCCUCACCCAACCCAGGCCCCCAGAGGACGUCUCCCACGGCGACCAAGACAUUCCACGCCCCCCCGAGGCAGAUACAGUCCGCCCCCAUCCGCAGGGCGACGCCCACCAGAGCGUCAGAUGCUGAGAUACUAGAACUGAACCAGCAGAUGUUGGACCUCAAACUGACAGUGGAUGGUCUUGAGAAGGAGAGAGAUUUCUACUUCAGUAAGCUGAGAGACAUCGAGCUGAUCUGUCAGGAGAAUGAGACCAACACCAGCCCAACACUCUCCAAGAUCAUGGAUAUACUGUACGCUACUGAGGGCGAGGUUGACCUUCUCAGCCAACUUACCUGAUAAAUAAAGGAGGCGUUAUAUCGCUUUGUGGCGGCAGCGGAUGAGGAGGCGCCACGUGGAACAUUCCUCCGCUCUCUCCCCGGAUCAGCGCUUCAAGAUCCUACCUCUAUUUUAUUACUCUCAGCCUCUUCCCUCUUCCUCCUCGCUCCCCUCCAACCCCCCAGACAUGUCAGGCUAACGCUGUACACUGAAUCGGUAUGGUUGGUGUUAGCAGGAUGCUAGGCUAAUGGCUAAUGUAAACUAGAUAACAGGGUAGCACAGAGCAAGAAUCUAUAGCGCCCUCUACAGAUAGGCAGGUAACACAAACUCACUAAUCUCUGAACCCAUAAAAUUCUGUCAUGAUUGUCUCGGAUGAGGGGAGUCAACUCCCUCCACAGACUCACUGGUCCAGUUCAGUACCUACCAUGUACAUAUGACCAGGGAGAUCGUUGAAGAAUCACUGCGGAAUUGGAUGUUGGGAAAUGCCUUCAGAACCGUCCACUGGGGCAACAGUGAGAGCUAUUACCAUCCAGUAGACUUGGUUUUACCUUGAGGACAGGGGUGGUUAAAUAACUAAGUGUAACCCUUCAUUUAAACAUGUUGACGUGUGGAGCAAUGGGACACCACAGCAGUGUCAGAAACACUGAAAUUUGGAUAAACGUAGAUGAAUGACUAGUUCUGCAGUGAGACAGAGCUUGUUGCAUAUGACAUAUCAGUCCCUGCAUUAACAAUAUGGACCAGUUGACCAGAACCAUCUGAGUCCAUUCUGGAGCAAAAACAACAAUCAGAAUGAUCCAGAAGCCAACAAUGCAGUGUGAUUAGCUGAGACCAGUAGGAAGCAGAGAACUGCUUCUGUUCAGGUCUGUUCAGCAGGGAGCAACAUCCCAGGACAUUCAGAUAGAACCAUACAUUCUGCAGGUUUUAACCUCAAUUUCCAUUUUUGUUUUGAAUUAGUUAUUUAACGUUAGCUUGGAGUGGCUAACAGGUUAGCGUGAAUCUAUUACCCUGAGAAAGUUUAAGAAAAUGUAUAUGAACAACACUACACUGUAUAUACACAAAAUGGGUGAAUAUUAAUUUAUUUAUUUGAAGUGGGGUUUUUUUAGCAGCUGUUUAUGAUGGACUUUCUUCUUGUUAGAGGCGGGGCUUAAAUGGCUAUCAGGGUCAGCCUCCGGUUGUCAUGGCAGACCUGUGACUGACAUGCAUCGUUAAGAGUUUUAUUACAGAGGCUGAAUAAACAGUGGAUUCAAAACCAGAAGGAA